GUGGGGAAGACGUAACAACAACAAAAAGGAUCCCGAAGCAAAACACAAGAAUCCGCUGCAAAAAUGUUCAAUAUUCGCACGAUAUCUCGGCUUUCGUUUCUUGCGACGAGCUGUACGAGGUCGUUUCACAGCACGCCGGUGUUGUGUGCGGAGCCGCUGAAAAAGAAGAAAAAACUUGAUCCUCAGAUCGUGAAACAGCGCGAGGAGCGCAAAAGGAAGCGGCUGGAGAAGCAGAUUCGUCGUUUAGAGAAAAAUGCCCGGCAGUUGAAACCCAUCGAAGAGCUGGACGUUCCGAUUGAGUUGAUUGACGAGCAGAGCAAGCGAAAGCGCAACGAUCCCAAAAUAUCGCCCCAAAUGCUGGAGAGCAGGGCGCUGCUGGAGAAGCAGUGGGCCAAGUAUAAAAUGGAGCAAAAACUAAACGAUUAUCAACUUUUUGACCGGUUAAUCAGCGCCCAAACCAAGGCGCUGGAUGAGCUGAAGCUAGAAUCGGAGGAGCUGUACCAAAAGGCGAUCCAAGUGGAUCCGGCGUUGGUUCCGUUCCGGGCGAACGGGCCCGUCGCGACUCCGCCAAUCAAAGAUUACGAGCAACCGGACGGAGAAUACAUCGAUGUGUCCCGAAAGUACGAAUAGUGCAAAGCGCGUGUGUAGUAAAAAUUGAAUAAAAGCUAAAAAUUUAAAAUAAAUGUGUGCUAAUGCAGUAUCACGCGCUACCAUACGGAAAACAUUGGAAAAUCACCGGAAAAUCCCCGAUUAGAGCGCGGAAGCUGGCCUCAUAAACGGGUGGCUUUUGCUGCUCAGGCUUUUUUUCACGCUUUUUUUCUUGGUUGUUCAAGCG